AUGUCGGGCCAAAUUAUGUGGGGAAAGUUCGCCGUAUGGUCAACGAUCACUGAUAUGGCCGCAGUAAUGGCCAGCGGAUGGGGUAUCAUGACAUGGUCCACCCCCACAGAGCAGCAGUUCUACGAUGCAUUAUCACCCGAAUUGAAGCGCAAGAUGGACGACGUCAGGGCGCAAAGGGCGGGGAAGAAUGAGAUCCGGGACAAGCUCGAGCUGACUUGUAGAGCGCCAGUGCAUCAGACCAGGUGGUGUGGGCAGACCAAUUCGCCUCGGCAAAGACAAAUACCGGGAAUCGGAAAUGUAUAA